CAUUGCGACAAAUGGCCAACGUGUCGCGUUAUCGUGUUGCUGCAUAAUCACGCUUUGGUUAAUCUUGACACUUUUAGUGGUUUUUAUAAGGGAGACAACACGACAAUGUCCCUUCUGAGAUUCCAUACAAUAGAGAGUAUAAUAAUUGAACCCAGACCUGCCUUAUGUCUACACGUAAAGAAUGCGUCUUAACUGUCUGCGUACCACAGCAACAUAUCCAGUGCUUUUACCCUACUUCCACCUCACCGACUACAACACUAUCACGGUAACCAGCGAGGUGGAUACACUCAGCACUCGAUAUACCUGUGUGGUGUGUGGCAACACAGGGCAUUUAGAGUGUGAUUUAGUACGUCCAUUGUGCAGCUGAUUAACCCGGAUUAUGUACUCGGUAGUUGUUACAUGUUAACUAUCAUACGAGCCAUGUAGGUAAUGAUAUACUUCUAACGCUACGACUGGCCCCGAGAACGGCCAUAGAUAAAACUGGCGAUAAGAUCGGUUUGAUUGUAAGCCGCGUUCUAGGACAGAUUGGAUUGCAUAUUAGAUUGUUAUUUCAAUACAUAUGUCUUUCAGUAGUGCUUCUUGUGAAACAUAUGUAGAUUUUUUUUCAUUGGUGCUUAUCGCGAAACAGAGUAGGGAGUACAUUUCAUUUCAUUAUUGUUAAUUUAAAACUUGAAUUUUUUACUAAGUUUUGUUAUUGUUUAGAACAGAACAGAAUGACGGGUAACGUGAAUUUUCAACUCUAGUAAAUGGGGAAAUAGAUGUUUGAAACGGAAUUACAUGUAACAUCUGUCAUUAUAAACCGUGUAAUAAAUAUAUGUUUGAAAAAAUAAGGUCCCCAUGUCGGUAACUCAAUACACCUGCUUUCAUUUAUAAAAAAUCAUGAUAACAACGGCACGAUGGCAUUCAAUCAACUGCUGGGUUGACCCGCCGAAGAAGGUUACACACGUACUGUAUUGACAUGUCAACAGUUCAAGCGAGCAAGAUAAAGAUAAUUCAUUACCACAAACCUUAUUCAUAAGAAUUAUUUUUCAAAUACUAGAAUACUGAAAUAAUUUUACACGUACAAUAGGAUGGUACAUUUAAAGUAAUUAUGAUUUGUAAUAAAAUAUACCGUACAAGAUUAUGAGAAUCUUGAACGACCGGCCCACGGAUAAUCUCGCGAGCGGAUUUGCGUGACGUUGCGAGGUGACGUCACAAUAGGAACAAUAGAUAGAUGGCGGAUUAGCUCUCGUUGGGUCGCUAAGCUCUUCGAGUUUGAUUACUUCACGCGUGUUUUGUAUUCAAUGGCAAAAUGUAACGUAGCGGCGAUUUUCCCAGGGUUUCAUGCUAAGGUGGCAGCCAGGACGGACAGAACACUAAGAUGGAAGCUCUGUCCGACAGGAGAAGGCGUCUGUAUGGACUGGACCGUUCUGUAGCCAGACAAGCGAUAGUACAAACUCUCACUAAGAGUCACGUUCUUCAAGAUGGAGAAUAUAACUACACAAACGAAUCUCUUAAGGACGGGAUCUGGCAAACAAGCGCUAAGCGAGAUUUUCCGGGCACCGAGUUAGACCGCGAUCAUGUUGCAGCCGGGGUUGGCCAGCUCGAUCAUCACUUCCGCUUUGGCAAUGACUCGGGAUCGCACCUUCCGACUCAAACCUACCAAGGCAGCACCACCAAAGACGACUUCGACUCCAAGUCGUUCUCGAAGCCGGCGGUACUUGCGGCGGAUCGCACCAUCAACUGGCCCGACAUGGCGCCCCGAUACGCCCCAGAGCGCUCCAUCGGCCAGUCGGAGUACAAAAACACCUUCAUGAUGGCGGGUCGAGCGGCCACCGCCCCAGUGUUCCCCAAGGUGAACACCUGCAAGAUGAAGCUCCCGCUGGACCCCGCCAAGUUCUACCUGCAGAGGGACAGCCACUUCGACUUCGGCCACGACGAGUCCAGUGGCGUGAGCGAGCACAUGCGAAUGUACGGGCGGUCAAAGCAGGAUGACCUGUCGGGCAAGCUGGCCAGUACGGGGGACGCCAUGAAGAUCAAGCGUCAUAUGAAGGACAUGGAGCUGACUUCCAACGUCUUCCGAGGCGGCGACUACAACGGCGUAGCUGCUCACAACUACGAGACAACCGCCACUGGUGACUAUGGCCCUCGAACAAGACCCCCAGCGGAGAUCAUUGCCCUCCAGCUCAGUCAGGAUAAACCGCGAGAUGGAGGAGCGACUGAGAACAUCCCCAACGAGCUGACGACAUAUGCCAGACAACAUACAGUUCCAGCCGUGUUCAAAGAUGCACUGGAUGGGAGGAACUAUCAAACAUCGGCUCAUUUCAAGUUUGGCUCCGACACCGACACAGUCGCCUCCAUCUACGGCAAAGACUUUGCUCCGGGUGGAAUGGUGCCUAGGAGCAAGCCAAUGUUCUAUGAACCUCCAUCGGCUGGCAAUCUGUUGCAGAAUGAUCCCGAUUUUUCCAAGUUCGGCACGACCAGCAACCAGACUGACUUCACCUUCUCAACCAUGCCAGUGGCGAAGGGCACGGAUGGCAAGACCAUUAUGGAGAGCAAUAUUGAACGUCGUCAUGGUGAUAACGUCAAACUCUCAUAUGAUCCUUCACGUCACACUGACGACAGGCAGAAAUCACUGUCCCACGGGGACUACCUUAACCCCCCUAGUGAGUACACCCCCAUACAGCCGGUGAGGGCUCCUACAGUAGAGUUCGACUAUUUGAGGACUAAUGACGCCCUGCCUUAUGAGGGCUUGCCACGCCUCAGCGAGGCGAAGAAUAAUUUUGCCGGUGCUUUCAUGGGCGGUGUCCAUGCCUUGAACCGUAGACGGCAAAGAGAGGAACACUGUCGAGAUCGAACUCAGAUGCGCAAGGAAACCCACUUCUCUCUUGGCUAUUCCGGUCCUGACUUCAUCUCCGAGACUGUCAAUCAGUUUGAUGGCCGGCCCCAGACAGACAAAGACCAACCUGCUGCUGGAAAGACUGAAUUUAUUCCGGACUCUAAGUUCGGCCACUUGAACAUUAGUGAGAACACCCAGGAUAUGAUGGCGGCUGACCCGUACGUGUCUUCUAGCAAAGAGGCCUUGACCAUCCGGAACCAGUUUGAGCCGGCCAAGACUGAACCUGCUUUUAAUACCUCUGUGACGAAGAGUGAUUAUACUCCGCUUGGAAGAAGAAGGAUGAACGCUCAUCAGCUGAGGAUGCUGGACAAAUACGACACACUGUCGAGGAAGACUAUCGAGAACUCGCACCUGUUCCAUACUGACAACACCGGGAGGAAUAACUACCUGUCAACAACAGUAAAUGAUUUCAUCAAGCCGGAAGCCAUGACAGGCCAGAAGCUUCUUGCAGCCAGAUGAAGAUGAUGGUUCAGGUGCUGAGGAAUUCACAUUCGGCUUUAAAUGAAUGAUCUGCGAUCCAGCGUUCUAAUAUAUGAUUAUGAUGUUUAUUUAUGUUUUCAUUCCAGUUAUGAAUACUUGUAUUUGUUUUAUUUUCGUUAAUCAUUUUUAUUUAAUUAUUUUAGAGUGCUGCUUAGGAAUAUUGAAACACUGUAUUGACAAACUAUGUUUGCUUCAGAAAUAUAUUGGCUACUGGAUUUCUAUUUCUUUAUAUUUCCAGUAAUCAAAUAUAUUUUUUAACUGUUUAUGUUGAUAAGAGAAGCUCAUGACAUCAGUGUUGUUUUUCGGGCGCACAUCUUUGGCCAGUUGCAUAAUCUGUCAGUAUUAACCCAUGUGCUUUCAAAUGAACAUAUGAAUCUGAAUUUCGAUGUUUUUAAGUGUAACCUGUUUGUUCCUAUUUCGCUUGCUAAACAUUUUAGGAAAACAUUUCGUCGUCUGCUGUUUAUGUUUGACUUAUAAGUGUUAUGUGUUUAUUUUAUAUGUUAUUUAUCACAGGAUCUUUGAUAUGGACACGUGUCAUUUAA